CCCGCAACGUUGAUGAGGAUUCGCGAUUUGUAUUCCACGGGCGGUCCUAGGCGUGUUAGCGUACCUUUUAUCGCGAGUGUGUGACUUCCUUGAGCCAGCGACUAGUUUUUGGCUAUCUAUCGGGCAGGUAAGUAUUCGAAUUCUAACGGCUCUCAGUAAACCCCGCGAACAGACAGGAAGGAACUGAUCGGACGUGUAGCGCGGCCCAAUCUGGUAAGCAUAAAUACACGACUUCGUCCCACGAGCGUGCAGUGCAACCUUAGAAACCACGAAACGACCUCAGAGCGAAGCGCGGGUCUCUGAACUUAUUUUUCGAACUUCAGCCUCCACGCGAAAGAUGCUAAAAACGGCUUUAAUCGCUCUGCAGGCGAUCGGUUUGUGCCUCGCAGCUGCCGUCGGGGAAUCCCGAAAAUCCCGGACACCGCCGUCGCCCCGUUUUGUCGGAGUAUUCACCAAGGACUACAACCACAGUGAAAUAGGGCGCAGAAUGGACGCUUGGAAGCCGGAUGACACGCAGAAUCUCUGGGAACUGAGCGGCCUCUUCGAGGGCGACAUCAUGGUCCAUCCUGAGGGACGAGACAUCGCGAAAAACGGACUCCUAGAAGCCGAAGCGCGGUGGCCGCGAGCCGAGAUUCCCUACCACAUCCAUGAGGAGGAUUUCGAUAAGGAAGGCGUCGAGGUGAUCAAGGGAGCGCUGGCCGAGUACCACGAGAGAACUUGCCUGCGAUUCAGACCUUACGACAAAUCCGACGAAGAUUACGUGUCGAUAAGGGGAACCGAAUCGGGAUGCUGGUCGAUGGUCGGUCGGCACGGGCAGGGGCAAGUCCUCAAUGUUAACAAUCCGAAAUGCGUCAGGCAUGGAAUCGUGGUCCACGAGUUGAUGCACGCGCUCGGUUUCUACCAUCAGCAGAGCGCCGCGGACAGGGACGAUUUCGUCGAGAUACAUUGGGAUAAUAUCCAGGAAGGCAAGGAGAACAACUUCAAGAAAUAUGACAACAAGACAGUAACCGACUUCGGAAUCCCCUAUGACUACAAAAGCAUCAUGCACUAUAGCUCACAUGCUUUUUCGAAGAACGAUCAGCCCACGAUCACCCCGAAACAGGAUGAGGUAAAGCUCGGCCAGCGCAAAGGAUUGACAAAGAAGGACAUCGCAAAAAUCAACCGCAUGUACGAGGAGGAAUGCAAAGCACGCGAGUCUUCGGAGAGUUCAAGCGAAUCUGGUAGCACAAGCGAGUCUAGCGAAGAGAAAAAUAUACUUGGCUGGCUGUUCGAAUGACUAUAUGGUUGUAGGCUCUGUAACCCAAAUUAGGAUAAUUCUGACGGACAACUUUUUCAUAUCGAAGUCGGGAAACAUGCGAGAAUAACGAAAACAAUAAUUUCCACCGAUAAUAAAAUACCAGAGGCAUUAUAUUCAGAUUUGUGUAAAAAAAUAUAAAUAUCUUUUUAAUCAAA